AUGAGUCUUGUAAAUGGAACAACAACAGAGUUUCCUAUAUCAUACUUGGUGUCUGAAGUUGUCGAGUACUUCAAAGAACAGGAAUUACUCAAGAAUAAGUUAAAACAAGAAUGGAUAGAGAAGAUCGAAAAGGAUGGCGCUGAGAAUCUGGAUGAUACGAUGCUUGGUUUAAGCGAUAAGGUUUUUGAACAGGUAUGGGUUUUUUCUCUAAAAUCUAUUUUGUUGGAGGGUUUAAAGUUGUGAAUAAUUUUUUUGGUUAGUCUGGCGAACUUUCAACUUCAGUAACAAAUUUUGUUCUUAAUUUAAUAAAAAUCGUAGGUUUUUUUUGGUGGGCAUUUUGAACUUUUAUUCAGUAUAUUAAGUUUACUUUAGGCUAAUGUUGAAACGAGGCUAGAGCGAAUGGGCUUCAGAGUUGGUUAUUCUUUGGCCGAAAAACUGUCCAAAGACAUGCCAAGGAUACCUGGAGAACUCGAAAGUGUAAAGUUUAUUUGUAAAGAGUUCUGGAACAAUGUAUUCGGAAAACAAGUCGACAACUUGAGGACUAAUCAUCAGGUAUGUUAUGAAAACAUUUUUUGGAAGAACGCGGUUUUUGUUUUGUAUAUUUUUAGCUUUACAUUCAUGUACAUGAUGUUUUUGAAGUUAUGUUUUAUUUUUUAAAGUAUACAGGCAAAAGGGGUUGUAAACGACAACGUUAAACUAAAAAUUUAAUUUAGGGUACAUACGUGAUUCAAGACAACAAAUUUCCUUUACUGACAUCGUUUUCUGAAGGACAACAAUAUCUGAGCGACGCGAUACUAUUCCUCGCAUUACCUGCAGGCAUCCUACGUGGAGCCUUGAGUAAUUUGGGUAUAGAGACAGUGGUAGUGGGGUCUUCUGAUGGCUUACCUGUAGCUAGAUUCAAUGUUACAGUACAAUUAGUUGAGGAAGAGAAAAAUGAAGUUCAACCUUUACUGUAA